AUACACAAUCGACCUCCUGGACUACUCUCUCUCUUCUCUCUGCUGGAAAGCAUCUUAUUUACGCACGCGCGCACAAACACACGCAAAUCCACUCGCGCGACACACACACACACACACACACAGAUACACGACACCUACACUCGUUGUUUAUGCAAAGCCACGGAUCACCAGUAUCACCACGGAUGAUUCGGUGUUGCAUGCGGAACUUUUAAGGAUCGAAAACGAUCGUCGUGGAUUCAAUAAUCACAAAAGAAUCGAUUUUAUCGCUUUAUCGAGGACAACUAGAAGAACAUCAUGCAUAAGAAUGGACCGCCGCCACCUUAUGAACCACCACCUUAUGCGCCGCCUGCUUACUCCCAAAAUGUGGGAGGCGUUCCUCCAGCUAGUCCGUUUACACCUGCGCAAACUUAUGCAAAUGGGCCUACUAUAGUCACGACUAUUGUUCCGCUUGGACCACAGUCGACUCAUACAAUCUGUCCACAUUGCCAUGCUGAAAUAGAUACAACAACAAAAACUGAACCUGGGAUGAUCGCUUAUAUCUCAGGUGUUAUUAUAGCAUUGCUGGGAUGUUGGUUUGGUUGCUGCUUGAUUCCAUGUUGCAUCGACGAAUGCAUGGACGUUCAUCAUACCUGUCCAAACUGUAAAGCUUAUCUGGGACGUCAUAGAAGAUAAGUGGAUUGUAUUAGCAUCCACGUGUUACAUUUGAAUGUUGAAAUAUCUUUACGGUACUACUAAUUCCAAUGGAUAUACUAAUCUUGAUUUUGACAUUGUACAUUAUUUUGACGAACAACUCUUUGGUCAGAGAGUGAUGAUCUAUAAAAGAUGUAGCUCCAAUUAGAUCAAUCUAGUUAAAUCUUUAUAACGAAAUUAGUGGAAGGAUGCACAGUAUCUAAGUAAUUAUACAGUUCUAUAUAAUUUUUUAAUGUCUACAAGAUAACAUUGCACACAAUUUAUUAUUAUAAGGCACGGAUUUUGUAAGAAUAUUUUUCAUGUUUUUGCGUGAAUUGCGGAAUUAUGUGCAAUUAUGUGUAAGAUUGUGGUAAUUAUGCAGAGAUACGGACCACUCUUCGAUGACUUUGGCCUUGAUGUUGUCAAGGAGGCGUAUCUAGGGGUUGGCGAAACUGGCCCUCGCCAGGGCCGCUGGCCCGGGGGGGGGGGG